UGUUUGACAUUAUACAUCCGGACCAGAGUUCGUGUCAAGGUUUAAUUGGAAGAAGAUUUUCAAAGUUAAUCAUGCACCUGACCCAACUCACCCAAGCAUAUCAACCAUUCUCAACUUAGCCUUGUUCUGGUUUUGUUGCUGCUAAAAAUGGCAGACGUAGUUUUAUCACCAGCUUUGCAAGUGAUCUUUGACAGAGUAGCAUCCCCAGUCCUACAAAAGCUUGCUGAUAUCUGGGACAUGAAGGACAACCUCCAGAGCCUACAACAUGCCUUGGUCAUGGUUCAAGCUGUUCUUGAAGAUGCAGAGGAGCAACAACUGACGAACAAAGCCGUCCGGCUUUGGCUGUCGAAGCUCAAGAACGCAGCUCAUGAUGCUUAUGACCUUCUGGAUUUCGUUACGGCCAAAGGAAGAACUAUGAGUCCUGGAAAAGGUAAGUGGACUUUAGCAAUUUCAAAAUCCAUAGAUGCUGACAAAGUCAGAAAGAUGCUUUUGACAUUAGAAAUGACAGUAAACGAGGGUCUAUUGAAGUUUAAUUUUCGAGAGCCUCGUACAGUAGAUAGGCAAUCUGAUAAAAGGGAGACUAGCUCUUUUGUUGUGGAGUCAGAAAUAUAUGGAAGAGCUGAUGACAAAGAGGAGUUAGUGAAACUGUUACUAUCUUCUGAGUGUCACCAGGAUGGUCAUGCUAUGUGUAUUCCGAUAAUUGGUAUUGGAGGAAUUGGCAAGACGACUCUUGCUCAGUUGGCAUAUAAUGAUGAGCGGGUAAUCCAACAUUUUGAUGUUAGGCUGUGGACUUUUGUCUCGGAUGAUUUCAAUAUCAAGAAGAUCAUGAAGUCAAUUAUUGAGUCUAUAACAAGGGAAGACUGCAAGUUCUCGGAGAGUGACUAACUUCAAGCUCGGCUUUGGCAUUUGCUGCACAACAAAAGAUAUCUAAUUGUGUUGGAUGAUGUUUGGACUGAAGAUCAAGAUGACUGGGACAAACUAAGACCUUUGUUUAGAGGAGGUGUUGAUGGAUGCAAAAUCAUUAUCACUUCCCGCAAUAAAAAAGUCCCAUUCAUGAUGGACUCCCCAACUUCGGCAUAUUAUUUGAAGGGUUUGAUGGAGGAUGACUGCUGGGCUUUGUUCAUGCAACGAGCUUUUGGACGAGGAGAAGAAGAGAAGUAUCCCAACCUCUGCCUGAUUGGAAAGAAGAUUGCGAAGAAAUGUGGUGGUGUACCAUUAGCAGCCAAAAGUUUGGGAAGUGUUAUGCGCUUUAAAAGAGAAGAACGGCAAUGGUUGUUUAUGCAAAAUAGUGAACUGUGGGAAGUAGAAGGAUGCAAACAAAGAAUUUUACCAGCGCUUAUGUUGAGUUAUCUUCAUCUGCCAUCACAUCUUCGACAAUGCUUUGCAUUCUGCUCCAUAUUUCCUAAAAAUUAUGAAUUCAAGAAGCAUAAAUUAGUUCUCUUGUGGAUGGCAGAAGGCUUAAUUCUAGAAGAAGGUAGCAAGCGACCGGAAGACAUUGGUGAUGAAUACUUUUCUGAUUUUCUGUGGAUGUCUUUCUUUCAAGAAGUAGAGUUACGUGAUGGUGGCAGCACAGUUGGAUACAAAAUGAAUGAUGUCAUUCAUGACCUUGCACGAUAUGUUUCUGGAAAUGAAUCCGUUAUGCUUGAACAAGGUCUUCCACCGAGUAAUCCACCACAAAUUCGCCGCUCAUCCAUUAUUUAUAAAUACAGGGAAGUUACAAUUCCAGAAGCUCUCUUUGAAGCAGAACAUUUACGAACUGUCUUAUUGAUUGGAGAAUAUGGACUUCUAAAAGACAGUAGUAAAAUGUUAUUAAGUUGUAUAUACUUGCGUGUGCUGGACUUAAACAACUGUGAUGUUCAUUUUUUGCCGUCAUCAAUAGGUGGGUUGAUAUGUUUGAGGUAUCUCGACUUGUCUUAUACACCUAUCUCCAAGUUGCCGGCAACCACAAGGAAUCUCUGUUCAUUGCAGACUUUAAACCUCUCUGGAUGUCAUAAUCUUAGAGUCUUGCCAGACUUCGAAGUAAUGACCGGCCUAAGACAUCUCAAUAUAGCUGGAUGUGAUAGCUUGUGGUAUAUACCUCCUGGUAUUAAAAUGUUACUUCAACUUCAGACACUGCCAUUAUAUUUCGUUCACAAGAGGGUCGGUGAUCUUGGUGUACUAGAGAAUUUGAAUCUUUAGGGGGAGUUGAAUAUUACACACUUGGAGAAUGUGAGAAAUGCAACUGGAGCUCAAUCAUCUGGACUGAAGAUGAAAGAAAAUCUUGAGUCGUUGGGAUUAUAUUGGGGAGAUUUUGAAGAUGUGAACGGCAGG